CACACCAUGGCGAAGGGAAAAGAGAAAACGUCGAAGCCUGCGGGUCAGCAGGGCAUCAAGUCUUUUUUCAAGAAGACCAAGCCCUCAAAAGGAGAUGACGCCGACUUUGAAGGCGGAAACGGGGUAGACCACGACGCGUCAGAGUCGGACGACAACGACGCGCCUGCAACAUCGUCGAAGCCUGAAAAAGGCGAAUCCAAGAUUGUCGCGCCAGACGAGUCUGACCUUCCCCCAAUUCACGACAUUUCCGCCAUAUUCGACGACCUCGUCAGUCGUAUACCCAAAAUCAAGAAAGUGGCCGAACACAUCCAAGGCCGCAAACUUCGUGUCGCUACCAUGUGUUCUGGGACCGAGUCCCCUCUCCUGGCACUGGAACUCAUCCAAAAAUCCAUCUUCGACCAGCAUAAUAUCAAGUUUGACGUCGAGCACGUCUUUUCCUGCGAGAUUGAGCCAUUCAAGCAGGCUUAUAUCGAGCGCAAUUUCCGUCCUCCUAUAUUGUUUCGCGAUGUCUGCGAAUUAGGAAAUGCUGAAGCGCACACAGCUUACGGCGCUCUCGUCCCUGUCCCAGGCGACGUUGACAUCCUUGUGGCCGGUACCUCUUGUGUCGACUACUCAAAUCUCAAUAACCAGAAGCAAGACAUUGAAGCGAAAGGAGAGUCAGGACAAACUUUUCGUGGGAUGCUGGGCUGGGUAAAACUGCAUCGUCCCCCGAUAGUCAUUCUCGAAAAUGUUUGCUCAGCUCCGUGGCCGAAGGUUGUUGCGGAGUUUGAGAAAAUCGACUACAGUGCCACGUCUGCGCGUUUCGACACCAAGUUCUAUUAUAUCGCGCACACUCGCACGCGCGUUUAUCUCGUAGCGGUUGAUGCUAAGCGGUCGGACAUUCCCGACCAGUGGCUCAAGAUUGUUUCCAGCGACCUCAAGCGACCGGCCUCCUCCUCGCUCGAUGCAUUUUUGCUGCCAUCUGAUGAUCCACGUAUUCAUGUUGCUCGACAGAAGCUCGCGAAAGAGAGCUACAACUCAGCUGAUCGUCGAACUGGACGAACAGAUUGGAAUCGUUGCGAGCGUCGUCAUGAGCGUUCUCGUGCGGAAGAAGAGUUGGGAAAAAAGAGGCCAUUGACCAAUUGGGACGAAGGAGGAUCCUGUAGUCUACCUGACUACAGCUGGUCAGAUUGGGGUGUCGGCCAAGUGGAACGCGUUUGGGACUUGAUGGACAUCCUCACUUUGCGGUCAGCCAAGAAGGGGAUUGACCCUUCGUACAAAACGCAAGUCCAAGUCUGGAACCUUUCCCAGAACGUUGACCGUACGGUUGGCGCCAAUAAAUUGGGGAUUUGCCCAUGUCUUACGCCAUCGAUGAUUCCAUUCAUUACGAACCGUGGGGGACCUAUGGUGGGACUGGAGGCCUUGGCUAUGCAAGGACUCCCCAUUGACAAGCUUCUCUUGACGCGUGAAACAGAGGACCAGCUUGCGGAUCUGGCAGGCAACGCUAUGUCGACCACCGUUGUUGGCGCAUGCAUCCUCGCUGCCCUCACCACCGGCAUGCGUCUGCUCAAGAAUGGGAAAGAUGACCGAAGCUACGAGAGCAAGCGAGGAAUGGCCGAAACAGAAACUACUGCAAUGGACGUUGAUAUCGCGAAGGAUACGCUCGAAGAUCAUGUCGUGGGCGAAGAUGAGCUGGUCACCAAACCCCUUGAUCUUGCGGUCACGAGCACUAUUCCACUGUCUGACCUAAUCGCCAACGCCAACCAGAGCUCCCGCCUUUGCGAUUGCGAAGGUCGUACUGAUAUCACGACCAGGAAGCUUUCACGUUGUCAGGACUGUGGCGCGUCCUCUUGCACCAAAUGUGGUGGUCGUCCCGAGCACAACCCCGUUGAGAUUGACACCAACACGAACCCUCGUCUUGCUCCUUCGGAAUUCGCCGACCAGAUAAAAUCAACAUUGCCCAUGACUCUGAACUUUGGUGGCCUCUCUGAAGAGCUCCUGGAUGCCCUCGCUGAUGGCGAGAGUAUCGCUCAGAAGCUAUGGUCUCCUUGGCGGGAUGCUGUUCUUCGAAUUCCUCAAGCCGAACUGCGUUUCGUCGAACCCAAACGACAAGACAUUUGGAUCGCAAGUUAUGAGUCCCCUCAGGCACUUCUCGAGCUACAUCUGCAUCCUCAACAACCUGAAUGGCGUCUCUAUGCCAAAGCUGACCCCAGUGCCCCCGCCAAAGCCGAGAUUAGGCAUAUUCUCAAGUCUCCCGUUGGUCGGCUUCGAUGCACCGACUCCUUACUUUCGGGCUCCUGGGAGCUUGCGCUUCCAAAGACAAACGCUGUCUCUGUCUCUAUCCAGGGGGCAGGAGAACCUGUUCCAUCUUGGGAGAUGCGACUCGGGUUGACGGGUGAUGAUUAUAAGGACAAGAAGGUCAUGUCGCAACUCAAAGUCUCUGUUUCUGACGAAGAUCUCGACAAAUUCGACCGCGACAUUUCGGGUGUGUAUACGCUGCUCGAUAAAUGCGGAACUGCCAAUGGUGCUUUACACAAGAAAGAGGCCACAACAGAAGAAGCAAACCUUCCUCCCCUAUUCCUCCUCCUUCAUCCACAACGAACAAGUGACGACGACGAUUGUUUUGUGUUCUCUAUCAGUCGUCGGCGCUAUGAAUAUGGAGAAUCGCGGCCCAUCGUUGCUGUCCUCGACUCCAAAUGGAGACAAUCAAACAGCACAACGGAGAAGAGCGUCAAAUGUCGUGUUCCUGUCUGGAAAUCGGUAGCCCAGAUGUCCUUGUCUCCAUCUCAUGCAAAGGGAGCCCAAUACGGCGUUCCUGAGCGGAACAUGGUGCUCGAUUGCUCCAAAGACUCGUGCGGGAGCGCCGCUGCAGUCUUAAUGUGUAGUGUUCCUCUCGGAGACCAAGCUGGCCCUGAAUGGCCUCGUGACUCGUGGGGAGAAGUGGACAAAGUUCACGAGCGAUCGAUUUUCCGAUCGCUGGCUUGGUUGCUAGAACGUGUCCGCCACAUCAGCAACAGCUUCGAUGGGUCCUGGCAAAAUAUUGAGCUUCCACACGAUGAGGAGAACUGUAAACGUUGUGCUCCAACACCUCCCGAAAUCCAGUGGGUAUCUUCCAAAAAGAAAAUGAUUGCGUUGGAGGAGCCUCAUCAAGCCGGCGAAUACGAGCGUCGUUUGAAGAUUCGCCCUAGCCCUUUUGUUACGCAGCUCAAACUUGGCGGUGACGGUGUCGGAACGGUGAAAGUCGGUUUCAAUGCACCUACUCUCGUACACCGAGCGUUCUCGCGGCUGCCUACACUCAACCGGACAGAGCCUGCGACUGUUUCCUGGCGACUCAACACGAAUUUCACACCUGCCAUCACACAAAAUCUGCCCAAGUUCCAGAUCAAAAGUAACAAGCAGGACGUGGAACAUCGUCAGCCUCCUAGCUUCAAGGUCAAGCUUCGAAAGGAACAGCGCCGAUCGCUGUCAUGGAUGGUCCAGCAAGAAGCGAUUGAUGUAGCCCCGUUUAUCGAAGAGGAAAUUUCGGAAGCCAUUUUGCCGUCGUUAGGAUGGCGCGCCGAAGGUCGUGCUCAGCGUCCUGUUCGGGUCCGUGGAGGUGUUCUGGCUGACGCUGUUGGUUACGGAAAAACUGCGACUACCCUUGGUUUGAUUGACUGUACUGCUGAUGAGGUUGAAGCUGAGUUUGAAGAAAUGGGACGGAUACCAGGGAAAAUCCUCACCAAAGCAACACUCGUGGUUGUUCCGCCACAUCUCACGAAACAAUGGCAGUCUGAGGCCAAGAAGUUUACGGCCAACCGUUUCGAGGUCCUAGUAAUCCCGACUGUUACUCACCUGAAUCCGCUUACUAUCCAGGAUUUCCAAGAGGCCGACAUUGUCGUCAUAGCGUCAACUUUGUCGAAGUCACAAGCGUACACCGACAAUUUGGAGCUUUUGGCAGGCAACGGGACCCUGCCUGCUUCUGCAGGCAGACAUUUCAAUGCCCGUCUCAAGGAAAUAUCGGAGGCGCUGAAAUCACAGACCGAUCGUCUUCAAGAUGAAGGGUCAGCUGCAGUUCUGGAGGAGAUGAAGCGAGGCGAGCAAGCUGCUGCUGAAGCCGAAGCUGCGGCUCGUGUCGUGACAAAACGAUUGAAAGGUCAAGCUUAUCGUGAUGCUCAAGAGAGGUUGGCAGCUGAGAAGAAGGGCAAAGAACAGGCUGCCCAAAAGCGGACGACACCCGCAGCAUCCCCUUCCGCUUCAUCUUCGCGUUCGUCCAGCCAGGUAUCAGUCGUCGUUCCACUUUUGCCCGGUCACAAACUUGGCCAGAACAUGCAACUUUACGAUGGAGAUGCCAUGGAUGUUGAUGACGAGGAAGAAGUGUCACGUGCGCCUAGACGAGCCGCUGCUAAAAGGACAAUAAUCGUCUUAUCCGAUGAUGAAGACGAAAAGCCAAAGCCAAAGAAAGCCAAGGGAAAGGCGGCGGCAAAAUCGAAAGCGGCCUCCAAAAAGAACGGGAAAGGCAAGAAAAAAUCGGGAACUGACGACGAUGACUACUCAGCCGAAGAAACACCGUCAGAGGAUGACUAUAACGAUGAAGAUGAGACUUCGUCGAUCGCCGCUUCGUCGGAUCAAGAGAGUGAAGACAGUGAUUCUCCCGCAAUCAAAACUGGCAGCAAACGCAAGGCACCCACAAAAAAAGUCACCGCAAAAUCGCGCAAGUCUUCUGUUGCCUCGACACCCUCUGCCAGGGAGUCUGCUGAUGAUGAAUCUGAAGACGAGGAGCCGAAAGGCAAGAAGAAGAAAGCUAAGCGUAAGGCAGGGUCUGAUGAUGAGGAUGCGGUUGGGGCAGCAAAGGAGAAGAGAAAGAGUCGUUUGAACAGCGAUCCAUGGAAACUCGGAAGCAACGCGGUCAAGAAAGACUGGAGGCAAAUGAAGGCACCACCGCUCGAGAUGUUCCAUUUCGCUCGCAUGGUUGUCGACGAAUACACUUACCUUGACGGUCGAGUACAUCCUCUAAUCACCAAUCUCACAUCCGAGCGACACUGGGUACUCUCGGGCACUCCUCCGGUCCAUGAUUUUGCCGCUCUAAAGACUAUCUCUGCUUUCCUCGGUUUGCAUCUUGGUGUCGAUGACGAUGGGGAGGGUCAGUCAGUCGAAGUCAAGAAACGGCGACGAGAGCAAACUGAUGCAGAGAAAUUUCACUCGUUCCGGGAAGUUCACAGUUUGGAAUGGCAUGCAAAUCGCCACACUCUGGGGCAGAGGUUUUUGGAUCAAUUUGUGCGCCAGAAUGUGCCAGAAAUCGAUGAGAUCCCCUUCAAGACUACGGUCACUGAGAUUGUUCUUCCUGCCGCUGAGAGGGCGAUAUAUCUCGAACUGGAGCAUCACCUGCGAGCCUUGGAUAUGACAAUCAAGAGGGGUCGAAAAACGGAGAGCGAUCGCGAGAAGCGACUAGCGUUGUCUUUGGGCGAGAGCAAGACGGCCGAGGAAGCUCUGCUCAAGCGCUGCUCCCAUUUUGAACUCGACGCAGAAAAUGAGAAUGCCAUGAAAGCAUGUGACGUCAUCGUCAAGGAACGCGAGAAACAACUCGAGGCUUGCAAGGCGGAACUCCUUCGAGCGGUCAAAGCUGGGGUCAAACGCGAAAUAGCGCUCGGCCAUGUGCCCGAGGAGUCUCAUUUCAGCGUCUGGGUGCGUGCAUCGAGGGAAGAAGGGGUUCAAGACGCGGAUGCCACAAAAAUCAUUCUUGAAGUCAUCGACCAGACAGAUGCGAAAACGAUGAAGUCGAAAAGGAGCGGAAAAGAGGUGACUCUCACUGGCAAAGUCAAGGACGCGAUAUGGGAGCAUCGAGAGGCCACGCACGAAAUACGACGACUGAGCAAGGAGCUUGUCGGCCGCGUUCGCUCUCUGCGAUUCUUCACCGCAGUUCGUGACCUUCAGAAGCAGCGCGAUAUACCAAUCAAGGUCUCUUGUCCUGCCUGUGGCCGGGAAAGACUUGACAUCAGCGACAUUUCUGUGUUGUCAUCCUGCGGUCACAUGGGAUGCUCGACAUGUGUCCGUGACUGUGCAGAGAAAGAGGAGUGUGUUUAUGCUGCCUCGGGGAAGUGCAGUUCUGCUGCACGGAUUCUCAACAUCGUCAAAGGUGACACUCUUGGCAUAGACGACGAGGAGCGAGACGGUCGCGGAAAGCACUACGGCAAGAAACUGGAGGUGGUAAUCGACCUCAUCAAAAACCAACUCCCGAAAGACGACCGUGUUCUCGUCUUUGUUCAAUUCCCCGAUCUGAUGAAGAAGGUCGCAGCUGCUCUGAAAGAUCACAAAGUCAAGUACCUUGAGAUCAAGGGAUCGGCGUCUGCAAAGAGCAAAGCCCUGGAGAGCUUCCAGCACAACAGUGCCGAAAGGGUGCUGCUGUUGAACUUGAUGGAUGAGAGUGCGAGCGGAGCCAACUUGACAUCCGCCAACCACGCCAUCUUCCUUUCCCCGCUUCUUGCCCAGUCGCAGGAGCAAUACGACGCUUGCAUGACCCAGGCUGUUGGUCGUUUGGUCCGUUUCGGACAGACCAAGGUGGUCCAUAUCUGGCGAUACUGCACGAAUGACACGAUGGACGGCGAAAUCUACAAUCUACGAGAGCCGAAACUACUACUAGACGCGGCUGAACAUAUGGAGGAGUAG